GCGCAGCCGCCUUCACCCCGCAGAGCCGCGCCGCGCUGGGCCGGCUUGGGAUUGGGGUUGGGGUUGGGGUCCCCCCCCGGAUUUGGGGUCCCCCAACCCCACCGCUAUGCCUGGAGAGACGGCCACGAAUCAGGGGCUGCAGCUGGAGGGAGCCCCCCCAGGGGACCCUGCUGCCCCCAUGCCUGCCAAAGAGGAAGCCCGCCCGCAGCCUGAGGGGGCCAGCUAUGAUGCAGCUGAGCGUAGCCCCCCCUCCAAAGGCUGCCCCCCACCACCGCCGCCUCCAUCGCUGCUCCCUGCUGACCCCCUGGACACUCGCAUCGUGAUGGGCGAGGAGACGCACUGCCCCCCCGAGCUGCCCCCUAAAACACCCCCCCGGCAUCCUGAGCUGCCCCCUGCCCGUCUUGACCCUGACCUCUUCUUCACAGCCCCCUCCACCCCGGUGAGGACGGGGGGGCCCCGCUUGAAGACUGAGGAGGAUGGAGGGGAUGCGGAGAGUGAGGGGCUGGGCUCUCCCCCCACCUCCCCAUCCGGCUCCUACAUGACGGCUGAAGGGGGCAGCUGGGGGUCCUCAGGCACGGCCAGCACGUCACCCUCCUGCUCGCCCAACCUGCUGGCAGAGGUCCCUGAUGGCGAGCCUGGUCCUGCAGCCUUCAUCCGCCGCUCCUCGUCCUCCUCUUCCUCCUCUGAGGAUGAGGAUGUGGCUGUGACCUCCAUAGGGCAGGAGGAGGAGGAUGAUGAAGAUGACGAUGAUGGGGAAGGCAGUGGACAGGAGGAAAGCUUCAGGCUGCCCCACUCCCACAUGGCUGCCCCUGGGCUCAUCCCUGCUGCACUGCUGCCCUUCCGUGGCAGCCUGCUCUUCGAGGCUGAGGCUGUGGAGAUCACCCUGGUGCCGGCCCAGGCAGCGGCCGAGCCGCUCUCUGGUGAGGAUGAGGAGGAUGAAGAGGAGGAGGAAGAGGAGGACGCUAGCACCUCAGCCUCCUUCCUGCGCUCACUCUCUGAAACCUCCAUCAACGAAGGGGUGGAUGAGUCCUUUGCCUUCCAUGAUGACACCUCAGCCUCCUCUGACUCUGCCUCCUAUGAUGGUGAGGAGGAUGAGCGGCUGUACGGCACUGAGCACCACGCACUGGGGGGACCCCAAAUGGCCGCCGCCACCCCUGGGGACACCGAGCCCUCCUCAGAGGCAUCUGGGGACAUUGAGCUGCACCUGCGUGGUGACACAGCACAGCUGGAUGGGACUGGGGAGCAUGAGCGAGUGUCACUGGGGGGGUCCCCACAGCAUGAGGUGGCCCUGAGCCCCUCGGUUCUGGAGCCUACUCAUGGCAGUGAGGAGGAUGCACGCAUGGAGGGGGGCACGGAGCAGCAUGGUGCCCUCCCAGAGGAGGAAGAGGUCCCCACGGAGGCCCUCACCAUGGAAGCUGAUGUAGAGCUGACAAGUGAGGCCCCCACUGAGACCCUCACCACAGAAGUCAGUGUGGAACCAUCAGAUGAGGCACCCAUCAAGGACCUUGCUGCAGAAGUCGGUGUAGAGCCGGUGGUUGAAGGCUCCAUUGAGGCCCUCCAUGCAGAAGUCAACGCAAAGCCAGUGGGUGAGGCCUCCAUGGAGGCACUCGUGCAAGUCAGCAUGGAGCUGAUGGACAAAGCCCCCAGUGAGGCCCCCAAUGUGGAAGGCAACAUGGAGCCUGCAGAUGAGACCUCCACUGAGGCCCUCCCCACAGAAGUUGAUGUCAAACUGGUGGAUGAGGUCCCUGUUGAGCCCCUCUCUGCAGAGGUCAACGUGGAACGGAUGGAUGAGACCCUCAGCUCCUCCUCCUCAGAAAUGGAGGAGGCCUCUACCCUGGAGCCUGAUACCACGCAGGAGCUGGACCCCAUCCCAGAGGAGUGUCCUGCACCAGAGCCCCCUGUCCCCACAGAGCCAGCACUCCUGGAGGAGGAGAUCCUGCUGGAGGAGGAGGAGGUGCCACUGGCUGCCAUGAUGGAGGCCCAGCUGGAGGCUGAAGCCAGUACCCUGCAGCCCCCCUGUGCUGGGGAGACCAAAGACCCCCAAGCCAAUGGGCUGGGGUGGGACACCCCAUCCCUACCCACUGCCAAUGGUGACCAUGAGCUUGAUGCUGUCCCAGUAGAGAGUCCUGAGCUUCUGUGUCCACCUGAGCAAGGUGAUGACAGUGGGGAACCCCAGGAGGAUGUGGGUGGCCAUGGGGACAGCAGGACAGAUGUCAUGCCUGCACCAUUGGGGACCCCCACCCUCGGUGGGGAUGUGCAGGAUGAUGUCAUUGAGCAGUCCCUUGAGGAGGACGCAUCCCUCUGUGAGGAUGGGGUGGCCUCAGGCAGUGAGUCCCCACUGGCGGCACUGAGUGAUGGUGGCAGUGAGGUGACACAGGGUGCGGAGGAGCCUCUCAGUCCUGCACUGGGGGGUAUGGAUGAGCCAGAUGCUGCCUCUGAGGAUGAAGCUUCCAGCAAGGAUGUGGAGCAAGGCCAGAGCCCAGAGUCCAUCCAUGGUGACUGGGAUGCCACAGCUGCCUCCGAGGACUCGUCCCCAGAACUGCUGGACACCUUGUGCUCCCACACUGACCCCAGCUUCUUCAACCCCCCCCAGGACAGUGCAGGGGAAGUGGCUGCCCCUGGGGUCCCCUCUCCGGCCCCACAGCCCUGCCUGGCCCUCUGCGUGCUGCCCCCAGCCCCUGCACCCCCACCGCUGCACUUCACCGCUUCAGAGCAAGAGGUGUAUGUGGGGACCCCCCCAGACCCCCUUGAACUGCUCCCACCACCUGGUGCCUUGUUGGAGAGUGCGGAGGACCGCCGGCAAGUGGCCUCCAUGCUGCAGGGGGUUUUUGGGGACCUGCCUGCCCCAGGGAGCCCUGGCCAAGCCCCUGUGGAGCUGCCAUGUCCUCCCUGUGCUGAGGAUGAAGUUGCUGCACCUGAACCCAAAGAGACCCCAGAGCCCAGCGAUGCAGGGAACAUCCAGUGUUCUCCCCCAGCCUCGCUGCAGCCAGAGCCAGCCUCUAUGCAGGGCCAGGAGCCCCCCAGCAAGGAGUCCCUGCUCCUACUCAGUGUAGACCCCAAUGCCAAAGUCAUGGUGGAGGGGGAGCAUUCCCUGCCCCCACCUGAGGAAGUGGAGAAAGAGGCAGUGAAGGCAGGGUCCAGCCCCAUGAAGGAGGAGGAAGAGGUGGUAGUGGUGGCAGGAUCCAUCCCUCAGGAGGAGGAGGUGAUAAUGGUGGCAGGAUCCAUUCUGCAGAAGGAAGAAGAGGAGGUGGUGGUGGCAGCAGCAGGAUCUAGCCCCAUGGAGGAGGAGGAGGAGGAGGUGGUGGUGGGAUCCAUCCCUCAGGAAGAGGAGGCAGUGAUGGUGGCAGGAUCCAGCCCCAAGGAGGAGGAAGAGGAGGAAGUGAUGGUGGCAGGAUCCAGCCCCAAGGAGGAGGAAGAGGAGGCCGUGAUGGUGGCAGGAUCCAGCCCCAAGGAGGAGGAAGAGGAGGCAGGAUCCAGCACCAAAGAGGAAGAAGAGGAGGCAGUGAUGGUGGCAGGAUCAAGCCCCAAGGAGGAGGAAGAGGAGGCAGUGAUGGUGGCAGGAUCCAGCCCCAAGGAGGAGGAAGAGGAGGCAGUGAUGGUGGCAGGAUCCAGCUCCACACCUAGCCUUGAGGAUGACCAUGAAGGCACGGAAGCCACUCGCAGCCUCUCAGAGGCUGUUGUUCUGCCCUUGGAACCCCCUCCAAAGCCCAGCUCCCCAGAGGACUCCAUGCCCCAAGAGCCCACCGAAGCUGCAGUGCCCACUCCUGAGCUUGCAGUGCCCACUGAGGCUGCAGAGCCCAUUCCCAAGGUUGUGGCACCCGUUGCCAUCCCGCUGCCUGCUCCCUGCCCACAGCUCUCCAAACUCAUCCAAGUGCCUCCUCUCUCCUCCUCGCCACUGCCAUGCUUGGAGGACACCUCAGGGCUCAGCGAGGCCACGCGGCCAGAGGAACGUCCGUCUGUCCUGCCAGCCUCCAGGAAGCUGCUGGAGGCCCCGGAGCCAUCCCCACAAAAGGAGAAGACGAGGGGCAGGAAGGCACCGGCUGGCAGUAAGGGUGCACGAGGGCUGGAGGCAGAGGGGGGACCCCGCCGUGCACCCCGGGGCUCAGUGCAGUCUGAAUCGAGCUCCUCCAGUGAGGCAGAGUUGCCCUACCGUGUCCCCAGCCCUGCUGAGCACCUGCCUGCCAUCGCUCUGCUUGAGGAUAAAGCGGUAUCACGGCAUGGUGAGGCCAACCAUAAAGGAUCGUGCAAUGAGUCUGAGAGCAACGAUGAGUCCAUCCCGGAGCUGGAGGAGCCAGAGGGUGCAGAGCCACGGCCGAUGCAGACUCAGGCGCCGCUCACCCACUCGCUGGGCACCGGGGAGGAGAGCAUCAGUAAAGCCAAGCAGAGCCGCAGUGAGAAGAAGGCCAGGAAGGCCAUGUCCAAGCUGGGACUGAGGCAGAUCCAUGGUGUCACCCGCAUCACUAUCCGCAAGUCCAAGAACAUCCUCUUUGUCAUCACCAAGCCUGAUGUCUUCAAGAGCCCCGCGUCUGAUAUCUACAUUGUCUUUGGGGAAGCCAAGAUCGAGGACCUGUCGCAGCAGGUGCACAAAGCUGCGGCUGAGAAGUUCAAGGUGCCCAUGGAGCACUCCCCACUGAUCACAGAGACAGCGCCUGCGCUCACCAUCAAGGAGGAGAGUGAGGAGGAAGAAGAGGUGGAUGAGACAGGAUUGGAAGUGCGGGACAUAGAGUUGGUCAUGGCCCAGGCCAAUGUCUCACGUCCCAAAGCUGUGCGGGCACUCAGGCACAACAAUAACGACAUCGUCAAUGCCAUCAUGGAGCUGACCAUGUAGCGGCCGGCCCUGGCCCCCUGUAUAGGUGCACAGUUCUCCUUGCCCUGAUGUCCCUCCUUGAGCCCCAUGCCUCUGCCUUGCCCAUCUCCUAAUGCUCAAUAAAUGGCCUCAUGUAUCACUUGAA